AUGAAUGUGCAGGCACAUAUGUCAGGACAAAUCUCAGGACAGGUACCUAAUCAAGCAGGCACUCAGUUGCCUGGAUUACCUCCCCAGAAUGGAAGUUCUCUCUCUAACCAUAUACAAAAUUUAGCUGGUCAGCGUAAUACACUGAAUAUGGAGCCUGAGGUAUCGCAAGCUCGCAGAUUUAUGCAAGAGAAAAUCUAUGAUUUUCUUAUGCAGCGGCAGCAGCAAACUCAUGAUAUACCACCAAAGCGGGUUCUGGAUAUUGUAAGACGCCUAGACGAGGGUCUAUUCAGAAAUGCUGCCACUAAGGAGGAGUAUGUGAACCUGGAGACUUUGGAGAAUCGUUUACAUGUUUUGAUUAAGCGUUUACCAAUGAGUACUCACAACCAACAAUAUCCGCACCUUGUUAAUGCUCCCUCUCCUAUUGGUACGAUGAUACCAACCCCAGGUAUGCCUCAUAGUGGGAAUUCUAGCAUGAUUGUUGCAUCGGCUGUAGAUACUUCCAUGAUUGCUACCGGUGGUGGUAAUAGCAUGCCAUCUGUGGCUGUCAAUACUGGAAGCUUACUGCCUACUGCUAAUGGGUCUUCUGUUGGGAUACAUGGUGGUUCUUUCAAUUCAUCUGAUGGGGCUAUGUCUAAUGGAUACCAACAGUCACCUGCCAAUUAUUCCAUGAGUUCCAGUGGAAACAACAUGGCAUCCUCAAUUGGUGUACAAAGAAUGACAAGCCAAAUGAUCCCUACUCCUGGAUUUAAUAGCAACAAUAAUCAAUCUUACAUGAAUUUGGAGUCUUCCAAUAAUACUGGUGCUUUUUCAACUGUUGAAUCUACAAUUGCAUCACAGACACUGCCACAAAAGCAGCAUGUCGGGAGUCAAACCAGCCGGAUACUACACAACCUUGGUAGCCAUAUAGGUGGCGGAAUUAGGUCUGGUUUGCAGCCGAAAUCUUACGGAUUUUCAAAUGGGGCUUUAAAUGGUAGUUUGGGUAUGAUGCGGAGCAAUUUGCAGAUGAUCAAUGGUCCUGUAACUUCUGAGGGCUAUCUGACGGCAACAACAUAUGGCAAUUCACCCCAACCUCUUCAACAACACUAUGAUCAACAUCAGCGACCAAAGUUGCAGGGUGAUGGUUAUGGGAUGAACACUCCCAAUUCUUCUGGGUCUGGAAACUUCUAUGGUCCUGUAACCUCUUCUGGUUCAGCAAUGAAUAAUCAAAAUUUGAAUCCAGCAAACUUGCAGUCUAUGUCCAGAACCAACUCUCCUUUGAUGACUAAUCAGCCGAAUUUGCAUACCACCCAGCAGGCUACACAUAUAAAGUCUGAAUCAAUUGAUCAAUCUGAAAAAAUGAAUUUCCAAGCCUCAAACUCACUGCGAGAGAGUCUCUUACAGUCUCAUCAUCAGCAACAGUUUCAGCAGCAGCCUCAUCAGUUACAACAACAAUUUGUUCAACAUCAACGCCAACAGAAGCAGAAAAUUCAGCAGCACCAGAUAUUGUUAAAGAACGAUUCUUUUGGCCAUUCUCAGCUGACUUCUGAUCUAGGGAAUCAACUAAAGCCUGACCCUGGAAUGGAGUACCACAAUGAAUCUCUGAACUCACAAGUUUCAGAACAGUUCCAGUUUUCCGAGCUGCAGAACCAACUCCAGCAAGCUUCUGCUGACGAUCAUUCUGGAGGCUCUCAGUUGCUUUCUCUUCCAUCUGUCUCGCAGGAUAUAUGCUCGUCACUUACGCAAACUUCACAACAGAUGCAACAAUUGUUGCAUCCUCACCAAUUGGUUGACUCUCAAAAUGAAUUUAGCUGUCUUCCUGUUGGAGUACAAUCAGAUAGACUACUGCCAGGUCAAUGGCAUCCCAAGUCGCAGGACAGGUCUCAAGUACCAGCGAACUUUUUGCAUGAGCAGAAUAUUCAAGAGGAAUUCCAUCAGAGAAUAACUGUGCAAGAUGAAGCUCAGCGCAAUAAUUUAUCUUCAGAAGGAUCUAUUAGUCAAACUGUUGUUACAAGAACAGCAAAGCUGGAAAAUUCAGGUGGCGCUACGUGUAGAUCUGGUAAUCCAAACCGUGAACGGCAGUUCAAGAAUCAACAAAGGUGGUUGUUGUUUUUGCGGCAUGCCCGUCGAUGUAUGGCCCCAGAAGGGAAAUGCCAGGAAGUUAACUGCAUAACUGCUCAGAAACUUUGGAAGCAUAUGGACUGCUGCAAUGUGUCGCAAUGUUCUUUUCCUCGUUGCCACCAUACAAAGAUAUUACUUAAUCAUCACAAGCAUUGUAGGGACCUGGGAUGCCCUGUUUGUAUUCCUGUCAAGAGUUAUAUAGAAACACAACUGAAAGCACGUGCUUGUACAGAUUCUAAUUCUGGCUUGCCAUGUUCAAUCAAUGGAUCAUGUAAACCAUAUGAUAGUGGAGACUCUGUAGCUAGAUUUACUUCAAAUACAAAUCCACCAGUUGAAACUUCAGAAGGUUUACGGCUGAAACGCGUAAAGACUGAGCAUCCAUCACAGUCUCUUGUUCCUGAAAGUGAAAGUUCUGCCGUUUCAGUUCCUACCAGUGUUGAAUCUCGUGUAAUCCAUGACGCACAAUGUCUGGAAUAUCAACAUGGUAACACUAGUAUGCCAAUGAAAUCUGAAGUUACAGAAGUGAAGAUGGAAAUUCCUUUAAGUACUUGGCAAGGAAGUCCUAAUAUUAAUGAUAUGAAGGACAAUAUGGAUGACACCUAUAACCAAAAGCCUGUUGGUGACCCUAUUAUAUUAGAUGAUCCUGCUGGUUCUGCUCAACAAGAAAGCAUUAUGAGUGACAAAGAGAUGGACCAAUCUAAACAGGAAAAUGUGACACUGCCUGCUGAUAAUGCUUCAUCUGGAACCAAGUCUGGGAAGUCAAAAGUAAAGGGAGUAUCAUUGACCGAGCUGUUCACUCCUGAGCAAGUCAGGGCACAUAUUACAGGUCUGAGGCAGUGGGUUGGCCAGAGUAAAGCAAAGGCAGAAAAAAAUCAAGCUAUGGAGCAUUCAAUGAGUGAGAACUCAUGUCAGUUGUGUGCAGUUGAGAAGCUCACUUUUGAGCCACCACCUUUAUAUUGUUCGCCAUGUGGUGCUCGCAUUAAAAGAAAUGCAAUGUAUUAUACCAUAGGAGCUGGUGAUACGCGGCAUUACUUCUGCAUUCCAUGCUAUAAUGAGGCCCGUGGAGAUACUAUCCUAGUUGAUGGAACUGCUAUCCCGAAGGCAAGGCUGGAGAAGAAGAAAAACGACGAGGAGACUGAAGAAUGGUGGGUUCAAUGUGACAAGUGUGAGGCUUGGCAACAUCAAAUCUGUGCAUUGUUUAAUGGUCGAAGGAAUGAUGGUGGGCAAGCUGAAUAUACUUGUCCAAACUGCUAUAUAGCCGAAAUUGAAAGAGGGGAGCGUAUGCCCUUACCACAGAGUGCUGUUCUUGGAGCGAAAGAUUUGCCUAGAACGAUCCUCAGUGACCACAUAGAGCAACGAUUGUUUAGGCGGUUAAAGCAGGAAAAACAAGAGAGGGCAAGACUUCAGGGGAAGAGUUAUGAUGAGACUCCAGGGGCAGAAGCACUUGUAGUUAGAGUCGUGUCAUCGGUUGACAAGAAGUUGGAAGUUAAGCAGCGAUUUCUUGAGAUUUUUCAAGAAGAUAAUUAUCCAACAGAAUUCCCAUAUAAAUCCAAGGUCAUAUUGUUAUUUCAGAAAAUUGAAGGCGUGGAGGUGUGCCUGUUUGGCAUGUAUGUUCAAGAAUUCGGAUCAGAGUGCCAACAGCCAAAUCAUCGUCGCGUUUAUCUCUCAUAUCUGGACUCUGUUAAGUAUUUCAGGCCUGAGAUUAAAGCAGUGACUGGAGAGGCACUCCGUACAUUCGUUUACCAUGAAAUUCUGAUUGGAUACCUUGAAUAUUGCAAAAAACGUGGUUUCACAAGUUGCUAUAUAUGGGCUUGCCCUCCGUUGAAGGGUGAAGACUAUAUUUUGUAUUGCCAUCCAGAAAUUCAGAAAACACCAAAAUCUGAUAAACUCAGAGAGUGGUACUUAUCAAUGUUAAGAAAGGCUGCAAAGGAAAAUAUUGUGGUCGAGCUCACAAAUUUAUACCACCAUUUCUUUGUAUCCACUGAGGAAUGCAAGGCUAAGGUGACUGCAGCUCGGUUACCUUAUUUUGAUGGAGACUACUGGCCAGGUGCUGCAGAAGAUAUUAUCUACCAGCUUCGUCAGGAAGAAGAUGGCAGAAAACUACAUAAGAAAGGAACAACCAAAAAGAUCAUAACAAAAAGGGCUCUGAAAGCAUCUGGUCAAUCUGAUCUUACUGGCAACGCAUCAAAGGAUUUGUUACUAAUGCACAAACUUGGUGAAACAAUUUGCCCAAUGAAGGAAGAUUUUAUCAUGGUUCACUUGCAGCAUGCAUGCACCCAUUGCUGUAUUUUAAUGGUAUCUGGAAAUCGUUGGGUUUGCAACCAGUGCAAGAAUUUUCACCUUUGUGACAAGUGUUAUGAAGCUGAACAAAAGCUUGAAGAGAGAGACAGACAUCCUAUCAAUCAGAGGGACAAACAUGUACUUUAUCCGGUUGAAAUCAAUGAUGUAUCUGAAGAUACCAAGGAUAAAGAUGAGAUUCUUGAGAGCGAAUUCUUUGAUACAAGACAGGCAUUUUUGAGUCUUUGUCAAGGAAAUCAUUACCAGUAUGAUACGCUCCGCCGAGCUAAACAUUCCUCUAUGAUGGUCCUUUACCAUCUUCACAAUCCAACUGCUCCUGCAUUUGUGAUAACGUGCAAUGUAUGUCAUCUUGACAUUGAAGCCGGCCAAGGUUGGCGCUGUGAGAUCUGCCCUGAUUAUGAUGUAUGCAAUGAUUGUUAUCAAAAGGAUGGAGGAAUUGAUCAUCCUCAUAAGUUGACUAAUCAUCCAUCCAUAGCUGAGCGUGAUGCACAGAACACAGAAGCUAGGGAACUACGAGUUUUACAGCUUAGGAAAAUGCUCGACCUCCUGGUUCAUGCGUCUCAGUGUCGUUCUCCUCAUUGUCAAUAUCCAAAUUGUCGCAAGGUGAAGGGUCUUUUCCGACAUGGGAUGCAAUGCAAAACACGUGCGUCUGGAGGGUGUCCUCUCUGCAAGAAAAUGUGGUAUCUUCUUCAACUUCAUGCUCGAGCUUGCAAGGAAUCUGAGUGCCACGUACCACGUUGCAGAGAUUUGAAAGAACAUGUGAGGAGGUUGCAACAGCAGUCUGAUUCCCGGCGAAGGGCAGCAGUGAUGGAGAUGAUGAGGCAACGGGCUGCUGAGGUUGCUGGCAAUGCUGGAUGACUGAGUUGUACAUAAUUAAUGUUUCGCAGAAGACCUUCCAGAGGGAGGUAGCUUCUUGUUCCCAUUAACUCUGUUAAGAGAGUGGACUGGACAGUGAUAUCUGAAGUGGGGUUUUAGAAUUAAGAUGAAGACAGCGAAAAGAAAUUGCAGCAGAUUGGUUAAUAAUUUGGUAAUGGACAAUUCUUUCAUUCAUAUCUUCAUGGCUGCACUCUCCCUAAGGAAGACAGUGAAAUUUGUUGAUCGGAGCUGCCUCAUCUUCAACAACCACUAACUAUAUCCUUUGGAGAAAGAGUACUUGAGAUGUCUUCGUCUGUGGCAAAUUUGGUGAUUCUUUGAUUUUAUCCGCCUCGUGUAUCCAUCCAGUGCCAUCAUUGGUGGCGAGUGUACUAUAGUUGUCUGACUUGUGUAGAAUGUUUUGUUACAAAGGAAUUUGGGAGGGAGCUGAGUUUUCGAGUCCAUUUAAGUAUUUCUUCUGUUUGUUGUUCUUUCCUCCCUAAAUAUCCUUUUGUAGACUGUCUUCUUAUUUAAAGAUGAAAAAAUAAAGUAGUGAUUCUAAAACAGAAA